ACUUUCUGUCACUUCCUGUUUCAAACACACGUUAACGUUUGGGUUAUAGUAAACAGAAAACAGUAGUUUUGCCUUUUUUCUUAAAAGGCUUUUUUGUUUUAUAAUUAAAUUUCAGAUGUUAACAGGGUUUAUUUUAUAGUUACUCGUUACAUUAUUAUGAUAAGGAUACAGAUUAGCUUGCUAACGUUAGACACAAACAAGCUAACUCGCUAGCCUCCGUUAGCUGUCAUCAUGGCCGCUUCCACUCCACUCGUCUCUGCUCCCGUUUUAAGUCAGAAACAACGCAGAGCUGCGCUAAGAAAAGAGAGAAGACGACGAAAACGCAGAGCUCUCGCUCAGGCCAGAGAAAGUGACUUGAACAAUGAGGUGGGAGAAGAAGAGGAUGCGAGUGAUGAAGAUGCUGAAAAUAAUGAUGCUACUGAGGAAGACAGACUGCGGGAACACGAGGAGUGGCUGGAACGAGAGCGGCUGGCCCAGGAGGAGUUCAGGCUGAGGACAGAGAGGGAAGAAGCUGCAAGGAAGAAAAAAGAGGAAGAGGAGCGUUUGAUAAAGGACGAAUGGGAGUCCCAGCAGAGGAGGGAACGAGAGGAGAAGGAGCAGAGGCAGCAGGAGAAGCGAGGCAGAGAGGAGGCCGUUCAGAAAAUGUUGGAUGAAGCUGAAAGUCAGCUUGAGAAAAGAGGGCCGUGGAUGAAUCCUGAGGCGCCCGCUGCCUCGAACUCGGAGAACUUUGGAACGGAGCGCGACGUGGCUAACUGUCCGUUUUUCCUCAAGACCGGAGCGUGCCGCUUCGGAGACAGAUGUUCUCGGAAGCACAUUUACCCCACGUCCAGCCCGACUCUGCUGAUCCGAGGGAUGUUCGUAACGUUUGGAAUGGAGGAGUCGCGGCGGGACGAUUACGACAUGGACGCCUGUUUGGAGCACAGCGAGGAGGACCUGCACGAGUCUUUCCUGGAGUUCUACCACGACGUUCUGCCCGAGUUCAAGAGCGUCGGCAAAGUGGUGCAGUUCAAGGUCUGCUGCAACCAUGAACCCCACCUGAGAGGAAACGUUUACAUUCAGUUUGCCACGGAGGAGCAGAGCAACGAAGCCUUCGUCAAGUUCAACGGGAGGUGGUACGCUGGCCGGCAGCUCCAGUGUGAGGCGUGUCCCGUCACGCGCUGGAAGAGCGCCAUAUGUGGACUUUAUGACAGAAAAAAGUGCCCCAAAGGGAAACACUGCAACUUUCUGCACGUGUUCCGAAAUCCUGGCAACGAGUUCUGGGAGGCCGACAGGGACCUUCAGCUGUCCCCCGUCCGCAGCGUCAGAGGGAGCUGGCGAGACGAGCGGCGCUCGGAGCGCUACAGCGAGCGGUCGUGGAGGCGGCGGCGCUACAGCAAGAGCCCAGAACAACGGGAACGGUCCCGAAGCAGACGAGCCGACGACGAGAGAAGCAGGAGCUCCCACAGGCACCGAGAGGACAGACGGACAUCCAGAUCGAGACACGGGGACAGGAGGACGGAAAGACGUCGGAGCAGAAGCUGGAGCGGAGACCGAGAGCAGCGCAGGCCGAGAAAUGGAAGCAGAGACAAAUAUAGAAACAGAAGUGAAGAGAAGGAACGAUCUGAAGACGAGGACACCGACGGAGAGGCACGGUCGAGAAGCGCGAGCAGAGAAAAGAAAAGGAAGAAACGAAGUCGAGACAAAAGCCCGGAGAAACCAGAGCAGAGUAAAACUGACGAAACAAACUCCCAGCGCCGUCACAAACGCUCUAAAAAAACCAAGAAGAGCAAAAAGAAACAGAAGAAGAAAAGCCGUUCUCCAAAUGUACCGACUUCAUCUGGAGAGUCAGAAAACGAGAGAGAAUCGGAGGAAGAGCCGGUAAAUAUUCCUGGAGACUCGAACAAACAGGAAUGUUUCAGCUCAGAGGUGAAGAGCGAACAAACGGAAACCAGGAGCGACUCGACAGAAAACGGAAACAUUCAUCCUUGUUAACUUCUCCACAGAUUAAAACUUGUCUGGACAAAUGAACUGGAAAUAAAAACCUUUAAUCUUUCGCCCACCCCACCAGAUUACUGUACAGGUUGUACAUCUACAAAUAAUCUUUUCAAUUAUUAGACGGAUCAAACGUUACCUUGGGUUGGCUUUUUGGGUUGUAAAAUU